GCAGAGGUGCUCGCGCAGGGACAGUGGGCUCUGGGCGUUUGACAUGGCGGCAGCGGCAGCGACUGCGGCGACGAAGGGGAAUGGGGUUGGAGGUGGCCGGGCUGGGGCCGGCGAAGCCAGCGGCGCGCGGAAGAAGAAGGGUCCGGGGCCUCUGGCCACGGCGUACCUGGUCAUCUACAAUGUGGUGAUGACUGCGGGGUGGCUGGUGAUAGCAGUUGGUCUGGUCAGAGCAUACCUGGCUAAGGGCAGCUACCAUAGUCUUUAUUAUUCAAUUGAAAAGCCUUUGAAAUUCUUCCAAACUGGAGCCUUAUUGGAGAUUUUACAUUGUGCUAUAGGAAUUGUUCCAUCCUCUGUUGUCCUGACUUCUUUCCAGGUGAUGUCAAGAGUUUUUCUAAUAUGGGCAGUAACACAUAGCGUCAAAGAGGUACAGAGUGAAGACAGUGUUCUCCUGUUUGUCAUUGCCUGGACAAUCACGGAGAUUAUCCGUUACUCCUUUUAUACUUUCAGUCUGUUAAACCAUCUGCCUUACCUCAUCAAGUGGGCCAGAUACACACUUUUCAUCGUGUUGUACCCAAUGGGAGUGUCAGGAGAGCUGCUUACAAUGUACGCAGCCCUGCCCUUUGUCAGACAGGCCGGCCUGUACUCCAUCAGUUUACCCAACAAGUACAAUUUCUCCUUCGACUACUACGCGUUCCUAAUCCUAAUAAUGAUCUCCUACAUUCCCAUUUUUCCCCAGUUGUACUUCCACAUGAUACAUCAGAGAAGAAAGGUCCUUUCUCAUACCGAAGAACACAAGAAAUUUGAAUAGUUCCUGCUUUCUGUACCCUGCCCCCAAACCAAACUUUUCAAUGAUCAAAAAAUGCUGCAGACUUUUUGAGUUCCCAAUACGUUUCAUAGAAAACGAGUAAGAACUAUUUUUAAAAGAUUUAAAAUAAAACAAAAACCAAAAUCCAGUGUCACAUGGGCCUGGGAUUUUAUAUUUAAAAAAGGCUGUUACAUAAAACAUCCUGGCCGGUCCAUUUCAGCAUGCUCUUUCAACCAGAAGUUCCCAAUAUUUAUGAUGGUACUAGAAAGAAAUUUGGCAUUUUAUAUCCUCCUGUGUCCUUCAUGUUCCUGGUAAAUAAAGAUCUGUAACACUAACUACUUGAGAGUUACAGUCUGAGUAAUGAAGUCGCACCACCUGAAUGCCCGGCUUGCAGUAGAGUUCUGUUGCAGUCUGCAGUGUGUUAGCAUCCCUUUUCAAAGUGCUUGACGCAUGCUGGAAACUAUUUGUAUUUUUGAAGCGGCAAACUUUGUUCUCUGGAAUACUCUGAAGUUAUGGCUGGGACCUAUCCCCUCCUAUCUACUGAAUGAAUUAUAAAAUGUAUAUGCCUGUGAAGCUUUGGGAUAGUGCCUGUAACCAGAAAACAACUAGAACCCUUUUUGUUUGUUUUCAACUGAGUCAUUACUGCCUGCCACUAAGAAAUGUGCUUGACUUUAAUAAGUAUGUGUCCAUUGUAAGAACCUACCUUGUCUAGAGCUUAGCCGCAAUCAUAUUUUAACAAAAUAACGGUUCUCAGAAAGGGAAAACUCCAUAGCUAGGAAGUGACAAGUACUUUUCACAGGACUGUUCUCAGAACACCUCGGAGUAAUAUGAGUAAUAUAGGUGCCGGAGGCUCAUUUCUGGACCUGAAGCCAGUCCAGCCACAGAGCAGUGGGGGAUCUGUUAUUGAAAGCACAUGGGAGGUGUCACGUAGAAAUGGAGUCCAGAAAAACAUUCAAGAAUAGGUUCAUACACCAGUAUAAUUUUAUUUUUUAAUUUUCUCUUCAUCUUCUGUUUGGAUACUUUUCCUAUUAGGACCUAUAUUCAUCCCCACCACGGUGUAAGUCCAGAGGCAGUAAAACUGUUCCCGUUGGGCAGCUGUGCGCUAAAAGCAGUGUAAUCUCCAUGUGUUGGGAGCAGCCAAGAAAUAUUUUGGUCCUAUGGACAUUGUCUAAUUAACAUCACAUCUUCAUACCAUUCAGUCACUCAGCUGUGCAUUUAAAACCUUUCAAGAAAGGGUUGGAUGAAAAUGUAAAAGCACAAGUUCAGAUGUGCAUUAAAUUUUAAACAACACAGUAUCUUUUUUAUGGAGCCUUUUUUCCUUUUCUUUUUAUUCUUUUUCAUCGAUCUUUAAGACUAAAUCUAGCUUACUGAGUAGCGGUCAUUUGAAAUAUAAUUGCUAAUAUCAGAAGAGCGUCAUAAUGGAAAACUAAAUUUUUUAAUGCUGAUUUUCAUAGAAGCUUGAAAAUGUAAUGCAGGCAGGUGUGUAAUAAAUCAUUUUGGAAUUGAGCAUUAAAAUUCUCCUGAAAAUCAGCACUCUUAACUUGGGCAUUUUAAGAUUGGAACCUGUUCUUAUAUUUGAUAGACAAAAUAUGUGAGGGAGAUUUUUUUUCAUGCUUUUUAUUCUUCCAAAAUGUAUCUCUACUGUAAAUUAGAAUCAGCCCAGGUUAUAUGAGUCUUAUUACUUUAUUCAGAUUUUUUCAAUUGUUUUUGGAAAAGUUCUAAAAGAUAAGAUGAAACAUUGGGAUUGCUGGACUAGGGGUUUAAUUCGGGCCUCUUCAUUAUAAUUUGUCAGGAUGUAUGAAAAACAUUCUGUUGCAAACAGUGGUAUUAUGUCGAAUGCAACUUUGGCAAUGAGAACACAGCAAACAGUUCCCCUCUCAAAAAGGGUCUCUACCCAGUGUGUAUCGUAUACAUCGGCCUUUAGAAUACUUCCAGCAGAUGAGCUAAGCAUGUCACUGUGUCCUGCAGUAACCUCACUCUGUAACUGGUUUCUUUAUCCCUAAUACGAAUUCUUCUCUCUUUUGAAGUAGUGUUCUUUUAUAAAUUGAGAACAUCCAACCCACCAAGUGUCACCUCUUCUUACAAAGUGUGAAUGAAGGAUGUAGUGUUUGGGUGGGUAUUUUGUUAGACUUAGCGGUUUCAUUUCAGGGCAUAGUCAAAGGCUUCAUCUUCUCGCCUCCCCACUUGAUUGUGUGUUUCAGAUCCCCCAUGCGGGGGCCUCCUUCUGAGAAAGAGAAUUCUUUGAGGUAACGCAGUAGUGCUAAUCUGCAUCUUGCUGUGUCCUGUUUGCUAAGGUUGGGAUUAUUCAUUUAACACGGAAGGACCAUUAUCAAAGGCACUGUGAAGAGUUAGUCACGGCAUAAAGAGAUGAAAAAGUUCCUCCAGAGCAAACUUCUGGCAGGAAGGGUUUAGAAGAUGGAGAGUUAAAGAGGUUGAUGAAGAGCCCGUGCCCUCAUUUUUCACCUUUUUUUUUGUUGUUGUUGUUAUUCAUUUAUAAUGAAGGGUUUGCAUUUAUGUGAUCCAGCUUGCAAAUUGUUUUCAGUUCUGAGUUUCAAUUUAAAACAUCUGAAAGCAUCAAUACAUAGUGCUCCUUUGAAAUUUUGGGUAAAAAAAACUUAUACACCCGUAUAUAUAGUCAUUUUUGUAUUUUUUUCUAUGUUGUGAAAACCAAAAUUGUAAUUUUAUAAGUCUUUGAUUCACUAAAAUUAUAUAAUUUAAAUGUAUUUUUUGUAUAUUUAGAAUAAGGAAUUCAAAGACUAAGCUUAACUUUAUAUGCAUGCAUUUGAAAGCUGUUUUUACUUGAUAAUGUUAAUGCAAUAAUAAGUUAUCUUCAUAAAAUACUGGUCUGUAUUGCAUUUCAAAAUAAACUAGUGUGUGCUCUGCCUGGAUUUGACAUAC